GUACCUACAUUAAUGGCUGGGAAUCAAAGAUGGCGGCAUAGCCAUUUUGAAAGUCACAUCUAAGCUGUUUUUAUAAUUUCCCCUAACUUUAGAGAGAAUGCGAAUCCUUAAACCAACCUGGGUUUCACACGAAGGGAGACCGCUCUUUUCUGUUGAUAUUCACCCAGAUGGAUCUCGAUUUGCCAUUGGUGGUCAAGGAGAUGAUUCAGGAAAGGUCACAAUUUGGAACAUGGCCCCUGUGAAAAAUGAGGAAGAUGAAAUAAAUGAAAAUGUUCCGAAGUUAUUGUGCCAAAUGGAUAACCAUCUUGCAUGUGUGAACUGUGUUCGUUGGUCUUGUGGUGGCAAAUAUCUUGCAACUGGAGGUGAUGACAAACUUAUCAUGAUUUGGCAAAUGGCAAGGUUAAUGGGUGCAGCAGCAGUGUUUGGUGGUAACAGUAGUAAGUUGAAUGUGGAGCAGUGGAGGUGUGUCAACACGCUACGGGGUCAUAGUGGGGAUGUUUUGGAUCUGGCAUGGUCUCCAGAUGACAGCUUUCUUGCAUCAGGAAGUGUUGACAACACUAUCACCAUAUGGAAUGCUCAACGAUUUCCAGAUGUUGUUACCGUCUUAAAGGGUCAUAGUGGUAUGGUCAAAGGCAUCACAUGGGACCCAGUUGGAAAAUAUCUUGCCUCUCAAUCUGAUGACAAGACUUUGAAAGUGUGGCGAACAUCUGAUUGGCAGCAAGAGAGUGAAAUAUGUGAACCAUUUGCUGAAUGCAGUGGCACAACUCAUGUUCUGCGUCUCAGCUGGUCACCUGAUGGACAUUAUGUGGUAUCAGCACAUGCUAUGAAUAAUUCUGGUCCAGUGGCAAAGAUCCUGGAGAGGGAUGGCUGGAAGAUGAGGAUGGAUUUUGUUGGGCAUAGGAAAGCAAUUACAUGUGUGAGAUUCAACCCAAAGCUGUUUCUGAAGAAAAUUGGUGAGGAAUCAUCCAGACUCAAGCAAUAUUCUUGUUGUGCAAUUGGAAGCAGAGAUCGAUCUCUUUCGGUUUGGUUAACUUCCCUUAAGAGGCCUCUUGUUGUUAUGCACGACUUAUUCAAUCACUCAAUCAUGGAUGUAUCCUGGAGUGAUUCAGGUUUCCAGCUGAUGGUUUGUUCAUGGGAUGGAACUGUGGCUUAUGCUGAUUUCGCAGCUGAGGAACUGGGUAGGCCAAUGUCAGAGGAGGAAAAGGAAAAGUUCCACAAGCAGGUCUAUGGCAUCAGCAUCAACAGCAGCAAGACGAACUUGGCCAGUGCCAUUAUUGAAAAUCCUGAAAUGUUAAAGAUUCAACAACGGCACGCCAUGAAACAACAGACACUGGCCAACAUAAACAAACCUCCUGCUCCACCUCCUCCGUUGAUCCCGUCUGGAGCACCAACCAAGCAGGAUUCGUCAGCUAUGAAUGGCACUCCCAUGAAAAGUCCAUCACACUCAUUGAGCAGUCCAGUCACAAGGAGCCCAAUUGAUCCUGUGAAUGUUUUAGAAAAGCAAGUGGAAACCAGGACCAAAGAUGGCCGUCGCCGCAUCACUCCUCUCUUGGUUUCAACCAUGGAAGUUAGUGACUCGCCUGUUCCGUUUGGAGGAUCUUCAGCUGCUGUUUCACCCCCCGGAAGUUCAGACCCGAGUGGCGUAUCUCAGGUGUCGAACUCCAUUCCAGCCACAUCCCAGAAUUUAGUUGCACUGGACUCAAGAAUCGGUGAAAAUGCAACAACAGGAUUCACAAGCAAGUCAAAGGAUAAGACACCCGAGAGAGCAGAGAUCCUUGCCGUGAAACCUGUGUCAGCCACCAUGAAGCCCAUCACAGCCACCAAACCCGCCUCAACUCCCACAACAACGUUGUCUUCGACUUCAGCAUCAACUACUGCAACUUCUAUUGCAGUGAAGAGAAAAUCAGAUACACCGACGACAUCGCAGUCUAAACGGGCAAGGAAAGAUGGAAGCUCUUCAGGUUCAAAGAGUGCAGGUGGCUCUAGUAAUUCUAAACAACGCGAAGAUAGAACAGACCAAGAGGAGAGUGUCGACGCUUCCUUACACGUGAGACAAUCUGUGGCUAUUCCCUACCCCACCCCACAGAAAAAUCUCACAGUCCAGCUAGCGGUACAAUAUAAUCGAUUUUAUUUAUCACAGUCUUUCUGUAACUUAUUCCGCCAAUUCUUUUUAGGGCCCAGAGCGCAUAUCUUGAAGUGUUCUACAGCUGGGAAACCUCUGUGGGAGACUGUGAUCAUGAGCCCCGGUAUAGCCUUGGCUGGCAAUCGACAAGUGAUCUGCGUGGCUUGUGAAAACCGAAGUAUCGACAUGUUUUCUUCCACUGGACGCAAAAUCCUACCGUGCAUGGUAUUAGACUCACCAGCCUCCAUUCUGCAGUGCAGCCGUCAUUAUGUCAUGCUUGUCACCUCCUCUGGGGGAGUUUUCGUUUGGGACACAAAGAGAGUUGCUGCAGUGCUAAAAAAUGAAUCAGUGCUUCCACUGUUGUCGGGUCCAGAUGUCACCAUAACUCGAGCCUCGAUCUCAGAACGAGGAUUUCCAAUCAUCACCCUGUCCAAUCACGCGUCAUAUUCCUUCGACACAUCUGUCGGGGCCUGGGUGCAGCUUAUUUACGCUGAUGACCUCUUGGCUGUCAACUCUGACCAUCAGUCGGUGGCACUAACCCAAGAUCCUCUGCAGGCGAAGGGUCCUCUCGCUCAACUACAAGGGCAGAGUUCGAGAAUCGGGCGUCAGUCGUCAAGAAUCUUCCGUUCAAAGACGGGCAGACAGCAGUCUGCCACAGCGGUUCAUCUGGAGAACCAGCUGUCCUCUUGCGUCGCCCUGGGGUCUGGUAAAGAGUACUACUUUUGGUUGACGACGUACGUACGGUAUCUUUCUCAGGCAGGGUUUGAACCACGAUUAAGGGAAGUUUGUGAAGAGCUACUUGGACCUCCACACAGAACAAUAGCACCACAAGACAAAAGUAUCAAUUGGAACCCAACCAUACUGGGAUACCAGAAAAGAAAUCUUUUGCAUGAACUGUUGCCUCAUAUUGGGACAAACAUUCGUCUACAAAGGCUCUUUACAGAGUUCAGGGAGCAGCUAGAUGCACUCAACGUGCGGUAACGUACGACAGGUGGCAGAGUGAACCGUUUUUGAGGUGAACAUAGAAUUUGAACCGUUUAAAGAGGCGUGACGAGAUGAUUGUCACGCAAGGGUUUGAUCGACGUUCAGCCUCAAGCGUGGCGGAUCGACAGCGCUCGAAGGACUUUCGCUUGAAAAUACCAAAGAUAAAUAUUUUCAGUAAACAACAGAUCAUUCACUGAGUAUGUUAGACCUGGGCUAUCAACCGAACUGUAGUAUACUGAAGUUAAGCAGCGUGUUCAAAUGCUUGUAAAUAAAUAUUUUGUUAUCAAA